GCGAAGAAACUUGAAUUCGACAAUUCUGUCGCUGAAAUGGCUUUUGAAGCUCCUCGAAGGCGAGGAAGAAGGCCAAAUGCUGUUUCUGAAGAAAUUCCUGUUGCUAAGGAAUCUGUGUCUAUAAAGAAGAACAAAAAGGCUGGCAGUCCGAAAUCAAAAGCAAUUGCGCUUGUAUCUGAAAAAGAACCAAUUGAAGAAGAACAAACUAAUCAACUAGUUUUACAAAAUUCUUCUCUGGUUGACGUUCCACAGCCUGAAUCUCAUCAACUUCAUUCACAAGUUUUGAAAGAAGUUGGCGCUGAUGGCCUGCCUAUCGUGUUUAAUUUUGAUACACAAUGUUCAGGAGGAUCAUUGUGUAAAUUAAUUAAAGACUUCUCUCCUGAUCAAAAGGCAGCUGUUCAAGAGAUAGGGUUUGGAGGAUUGUUAGGCCUUCAAUUAAGUUGAAAAAACACUCAGAUGAUGUACUGGUGCAUCAAGUGCUUUGAUGGUGUGAGUUCUCUGUUUACAAUCAGUGAUUCCAAGCAAUUUGAAAUCACUGAUUAUGAUGUGUACGAUUUGUUUAUGCUCCCCCUUUCUGAGCUGGAGGUUGAAGGGGUUAAACGUGGGCGCAAUUCCACUAAUCCUGAUUUUGAUUUGAAGAUCAAGUGGAGAAAAGAGUUCGGUUUUGAAGAGGUCAAUGCUCAAAUUCCUAUAAGGUUGCUUGAGGACAAGAUUAAAUUGUUGACAGAUGGUGGUGAUCUGUUUAAACAAUUAUUUGUUUUUGUUGCUUUAUCUACAUUUUUUACUCCAACAGCCAAUAGGACUGUAGAUUUGAGAUUGGCUAAGGCUUUGGAAGAUCCUAAAAUGAUUUCCAAAUACAAUUGGUGUAAAUACGUUCUUGACGUAUUAUGUGAGGAAACAGUGAAAUUUAAAAAUAGUUUAUUGAAA